AGAACUCAACUUUCCAAUCCACCGCCGUUUUCAACAUCCUCGACCCGAUCUCCCUCAUCCUCUCCCAAAAUUCCUCCGAUUCCUUCGAGCCCAUCCCUCUCAAUCUCACCACCGAGGCCUACUUCAUGGAGUAGGGGGCCUCGCUACUCUGCCUACGCCCACCUCAGGGAAUCCAAGCUCCGUACCAAGACGACCUCCUCCACCACCGUCACCGCCGCUACUGCGACGGUGGCGUUUUCUCAAUUUUCGGAGCUGACCACUCCGCCGAUGAAACAGGUCAAAUUCAAACACCAACCGCACAAUCUCCCUGCCCCUGUUUCGAGAAGGGCUUCUGGGUACGGCGCUUGCAUGUUGGAUCUCCUCUUCCUCUUUUUGUUUUCAUUUCGCAGACCGCGCAGCCCCGAGCCACAUCUCCUCUUCUCGUCUUCGCCUCUCCUUCGGCUGGCAGCACGACCUGACGACCACGCCGCCUGCAGCACGGCGACGAGCGACGUCGCGCGCUUCUCCUGA